CAUAAUUAUAUAUAACAGGAUUUAUUUACAUUCGUAUUAAGAUGAACUGUCAGACAGCACUUUAAAAAAAUGUGUGCGUUCCAUUUGUGUUUCUACUAUUCUUUUAUUUCUGUUGGCCGAUCAUGAAUCUCAAAAUAAGCAAAUAUCCUAGUGCAAUAAAUUUAACAGAAUGUUAAUAGAUUGGCGUCUUCACGUGUAUGCGGUGUUGUGUAGUGAUCAUUCCCCGCCCUCCAAUUUUGAAGUUAUAAAUGGUUCUAGCUGAAUGCACUGAAUGGGAGUGUUCGGCCGUGUGAUCCGCUUCGGAAUGAUUGUAACAUGGCGGAAACUAAUGGACUAGAAACCAAUGUCUCGUUCCCAUUCCACAGAAUAUAGAUAAAAUAUGACUUCCCGUUUUCGUGGGUUGUUUUGAAAUCGUCCUCAUUCUGGCGGGCAAGGAAUUUUAAAUGCUUUAACUCUGGAAUAGAACAGUAAAACCCAAUAAUGAGCCGCCGCCACGCAACAGAAUUCCAAGGGGCCUCCCCCUCACCACCGUUGCCUCCAGAUCAUGUGUUAAACUCGGGAGCAGUGGUUUUUCCUGGUGCCUUUGAUCAACAUGGAUGCCCUCUGGUUGUGUUUCCUGUGGAUGCUCAUGGCAACCUUUCAGAUUUAAGCAAAGCAGAAGUAGUUGAUUUCAUUAACUACUUUCGAUAUUUGCUCAACAAAAAACAGGAGAAGGAGAGCUUGGUUUCUGUUGUGGCGGAUUUAAGACAAGCCAGUCUUACCACAACAAGAUUCAUUGCUGAAACCAUUUUCCUCCUUGAGCUCCAUAGGAGGACUGUUCACACCAUGUACAUUAUUCAACCGAAGAAGAAAGACGUUCUGAAACUGUUGCUGAAACUGUUGGUACCAUCAAAAUAUUAUGUGGCUCCCUUCAAGAGAGUUCUUCUGAAAGAGGUCUUCGAACUUUCCAACUACAUUGAUAGAAGCCAGUUAACCGCGUCUUUAGGAGGCUACCUGGUUUAUUGUCAUCGAAGUUGGGUUACAUUUAUCAAGGAGAUUGAUGCAUUUGUACGUGAGUUCCUGUCCGUGGUCCAAAGGCUCCCGCCCUGUAUAUCCACCCUGCAGGACCUCUCCAGACAACCAGUGCCCUCCUCCUUCAGCGAACUGAAGGACUUCUGCUCGACCAACGAGGCCAAGUUCCAAUUGCUUAGGAGGGACCUUGGUUUGGAUGAGCUACUAAUGCACUGUGAGUGUCUGGUGGAGAAGCUGCGCUGCCCUGAGACUGACUUGUGCUAUCAGGCCAUGGCUGGGACGGCCCUGUUCACUCACACGGCCUUCGACAUGCUGCAGAACUACAGCAGGAUCACUGCGGCUGUGGAAAAAAUUGAGUUGCUGUGGCAACAGGCUUUUUCAAAGGCCCACCUCCAGCUGCGUGUCUUCCAGCUGCGCGAGGAGGCGCAGAAGAUAACGGAACAGAUCAAUGGCCUUCAAAAAGAGAAGCUCCGGCCUUACAGGAUAGAGAUUGCUGAAGAUGCCAGAAAGGCUGAGAUGUUAACAUCAGAAUUUGAAUCGUCCAUCUAUACUCCUGCUAUGGCCUUGGUCCGCUGUUCUGAGGACGUGAUCCACACACUAACGGAGAUUGCGCCUCUUGGCGAUGCCUGGACGAGGGAAGAGUGGAUCCAAGAUCUGAAAAGACUUAAGGACAACUUCCACUCUGCUGUAGCAGUGCCUCACCAGACCCUGAAAGCAGUCUCCGACUUCUACCACUACCACAGCAAAGCCAGUGGUUGGUACAACAAUAUCCUAUGUGAGAACUUUCUUCAAGACCUUCUCUGGGGUGGGAACUGUGACAGCCUCCCCAAACAGCGCCACACACUGGAGACGUGUGGUCCUGUCCCUGUCUGGAGGCAAGCAGUCUGUGAAUUCAUGAGAAACAACCCCUCACCUGACAUGAAGGAGCUGCUCCAGCUGGCUCACCUGGCCAACGUCCUCCCCGACGCUCAGCUUCAGCAGGCAGGCAAACAACUGGCCCAGCGGUGCAUUGUCCUACGUAAACUCCUGACCUCUCCGGCGGCGGUGCCUAUCCGUGACCUCCAGCUGGCGCUGCAGUGGCAGUAUGAGUUCCUCAGGGGGGACCACCGGGAUGGGGCUGUGGGCCGCGAGCCCAGGGCUGUUCACAGUCCGGAUGGGCCAUGCCGUCCGUCCGCCUCAGACCGCCUCUCUAAGGAUGGCGGCAUGCACAGCCGUGGCUCCAUGUCCCACCUCAGGCACCACAGGGCCCCUCAGGGCAGGUCUCCCUCUAGUGCGGUGUCUGGAACGGCUGUGGGAAAGCCUCCCUCCCUCAGCUCCUUUGACUCCGGCUUUGAUGGAGCAGGAAGCAGCCAUGCGGAGCUGUUGGCGGGGAGGGAAGGAUGGGAGGGGUUGUCUAGGUUGCCAGGAACCAGAGACCCCUACGGGCCUGUGACCAGGCAGCCCCAGAUCCACGAGGAGAACAUCUCCAGCGUCUCCGACUCGGAGGAUCGCCGGGACGAGUUCGGCCCCGUGGCUAAUGCCCCCGGGGCCGACGUUCAGAUCGUCCCUAAGAUAACGUUGGACUCGCUGAAUUUUGAGAUCAAGCUGAAGCGGUCGGCCACCCUCCCCCAGAAUCCCUGGCUCAGUCUGCCUGUGGAAGACCUGGAGAACUCGUACACGGUCACCAUUACCCAGAACCUAUCUCAACGUAAGCGGGACGUUAGCAGCCCGAACGCCUCGGAAUGCUCCCGCCACACCGACCGGUCGUCCGCCCAUUCUCGAGACCAGCCAACUCAGACUGAGGUGCACAAGAGUGCAGAGAGCAGUGGCUCACCACCCAGGGGGCGUGUCCUACAUUCACCGGACAGCUUUGAGGACUCCGGAAUAAGCCCCAUUAGAAACGUCCUCUCCAGCACCAUCACGGAGUCCAGAGAUUUGCCCAACUACACAGCAGAGAGUGUACCUACUCUACUCUGGGAUACGUAUGAUUUCCAUGACCCCAAACAGAACACUUGUGAAAGGAUAACCAGCUCCAUGGCUGAAGGCUCUCUGAGUGACUGGGACCUGAAGGAGCAGGAGGGCCUGAGGGAGGUGGAGGUGAUCCUGGAACGGACUGCUGGAAUACUAGAGGAGGAAGAAAGUGUGAUUGCACAAGAGCGUGUGUUGGAUGUUCUUCUGAAGUCCGAGGACACAAGCAAGCCCUGGGCGUCAUGGGGCCUCGCGGAGCAGCUUGGUGUGAUGUCAUCCAGUGACUUGAAGGCGCAGGGUGUCCUGGGCCUUGAUGACAGUGUUGCCUCCGCAGACUCUGACACCUGCAGCGAACCCCGAUCACCAGAGGCAGUCACCGAACCGGAGACUUCGGAGUGCGUCACAGGCAGCAAAGGAAAGCCGCUCGAGACUGGGUUGACAUUGCCAGUGGCCCCUCCGUGCAGCAGAGGGGAGUUUCUUAAGGAGCUGAGAGGACUGCGUGUUCUGGAUGAGCUCAUCAUGGAGGAGAACGUGAAGAUCCACGCGCUUCGGCGGGCUGAAAAAGAGAGCCUGGACAAAGUCCCGCCUCAGUCGGCUGGCUCUCAAUGUAUGAACAAGGAGAGGCAGGCCUUCCUGUUAGAACUGGAGAGAGAGAAAAUGGAAGUGGAGAGGAUGGAGAAGCAUCUUGAUAAAGAGGGUCAUUUCGAGAGGCAGCUAAGCAGAACCAGGAAAGUAGUGAAAUGCUCUGUAAUGGAAAGGGCUUCUGUACUAAACUUGGAGGAGGACAACGCGCUCUGCGAUGAACUUUUGUCUGACUACAGGCACAAACACCACGGUGAAAAGCACUUACCAGCGCUGCGCCAAGACCCUGCUACCAUUGAUUCUAAAGAAUCCUGUAAUACUGCGACCUCCUCUGCCAAAAUGCCGGUAUCACAAGAAUUUGUUCAGGGCAUAAAUGGUCAGCCUCCACAUGCUAACACUAGUGUGCUUGGUUGUGGUGAUGCCAUGGGAGGAGACACUUCCAGCAACAAUGAUUUUACUGAGCUCGCUGCACCACAACUUUUCUUAAUUCCACCAGAAAUUAGUCAUGAUCACAAUGAACUUAUUGACAAGGUUGUAAUCCAACACUUUGAGGAUACAGAGAAAGGUUUGGACUUAAUAUCUGGGGAAAUUGUUAGAAGUUGUUCUGAAGAAGCUGCCUUGACACCUGAAAUAUGCUCUGAACAUGGAGCGUUUGACCCAGGUGGUAAUUCCAACGACUACCCAGUGCCUGCACCGAGAAAGUUACUUGCUGUAAAUGACAAUGGUCACUUGUCAGCACUCUGCCCUGGACCUGUUUCAGACGCUAUACCAGUAUCACAAGAGCCCAACAUUACCCCAAAGCCUAAAGAGACGAGUCUCAAACCAAUGGCGUUAUUGCUUAGUCCUGUUCCCAGACCUGAUUUAAAGGAGUGCAGCGUUGACCGCAACAAACAACCCCUUGUGGAUCUAGAACUAUCUUCACGUAAUGACUCCCUGGGUGCCUGUAAACAGUCCACUCUAGACUGUUGCUCUUUGGAAUCAACCGUGACACCUGUUGUCUCUGACGUUGUUCAAAUGGAAAUGCAGCUAUCCCAGAACUCCGUUUUAACAGCAGAUUCCAGUUCAAAUGAAGAGCUUUGUUGUAGUUCAGCACAUUUACCCACUGGUUCACAUGAACCAAGCGGAACUGAUGACCAGAAAGGGGUGGAGAUCUCUAAUGGGUUUCAGAGAUGUGGGACUGCCAGGAGGUCACCUGUCAAUCAACCCAAUCUCUGUCUCACCACCAGGGAUAUGACAAAUUUCAAGACUCCGAUCGUGCUGGACACAGGAUCUGGUUUGAUGAAAGCGGGGUUUGCUAAUCAGGAACUCCCAAAUACAAUAUUCCCAAAUAUCAUUGGGCUGCCCAAAUAUGAGGAAAUAAUGAAUGGCAAGCUAGAACGUGAAACCUACAUUGGACAUGAGGCUCAACACAUGAGGGGAGUCCUGACAUUGAAGUAUCCUAUGCAGAAUGGAAUUAUACGCAACUGGGAUGAAAUGGAAAAGAUUUGGCACCACACGUUCCAGCAGCUACACGUAGAUCCAGAAGAUCACCCUGUUCUACUGACCGAGGCCGCAAUGAACCCGCAUGAGAACCGGCAGCGCAUGGUGGAGCUCAUGUUUGAAUGCUUCCACGUUCCUCUCACCUAUGUGGCCAUGCAGGCUGUGCUGGCGCUAUACGCAGCAGGGAGAACCACAGGCGUGGUCUUUGACUCUGGGGAUGGGGUGAGCCAUAGUGUCCCAGUGUUUGAGGGAUACUGUCUACCUCACGCGGUGCAGCGAUUCACCCUGGCUGGCCAUGAUGUCACGGUUCAACUUAAAAAGCUCCUGCAGGAACAGGGGGUGUGCAUGCGCACUUCUGCUGAGAUGGAGAUCGUGAGGGAGAUGAAGGAGAAGUGCUGUCGGGUGUCCCAGGGCUAUGAAUCUGAGCUAGCCUGCGGGAGCUCGGCCAGCAGUGAGACUCAUUACACCAUGCCAGAUGGACAGGUUAUCCGGCUCGGUACAGAGAAGUUCAGGGCUCCGGAGAUCCUGUUUAAGCCAGACCUGAUUGGUCGUGACCAUUACGGUAUGCAUGAAAGUAUUUUCAAGUCGAUCCUCAGGUCGGACAUUGACCUCCGGCGGAGCUUUUUGGGGAACAUUGUCUUGUCAGGUGGAAAUACCCUCCUAGCAGGCCUGCCUGAGCGGCUUCAGAGUGAAAUAAGAACAAUGGUGCCUACGGACUUGGCAGAGAGUGUCCGUGUGACCAGCCCAAAAGACCGGGAUUUCUCUGUGUGGUGUGGAGGUGCAGUUCUGGCCAACUUGACGUCCUUUGAAUCGGCCUGGAUAAGCCAAGAGGAAUAUGAGGAAUACGGCCCCCAGAUCGUCUUUAGGAAGUGCUUCUGAGCUGGAAUGCUUUAUUGGUUUGGACUCUUCUGAAGUGUGUGGAUAUGUGCAAUAUUGCCCUCCAGUAGUGGCACAUUUGUGUUGGUGCCUUUUAAACCUCCUCAAUGGUUUUCAACUGUGACCUAUGUAUAAUCUUUUUUUGAUAGGAAAUUUCAGGCCACCCGAACAGUAAUGUGAUUUGUGCAUAACUGUGGAAGAGAACCUGAUUGAAGUCUUUCCUUUUUAUCAUGCUUUUGUGUCAAAGGUAGAUUUACUUAACUGUUUAAGGGCCCAUUUUAUCAAUUCUCUGGUCCUGAGAAACCACAACAAUGCUACAGCUCUGGUAGGUUUUGGAACUACAUUGUACCCCAAACUUAUUGUAUUUGUCAUUUUUGUUUGUCAGUGAAUUUUUCUAUUUCUUAAUUUUGAAAGCUAAUUUAAACUUUAACAAAGUCAAUGUUUAUUUUCUAUGUUGGUGAAAGGUAGGCUAUUCAGUUUUCCCAGUCAGACUUAAUUAAUCAGCGCAGGUGGAUUGUUGAGUCCAGAGUAACUGCCGGUGUGCCUGAAUGGUAGAAUGACUGUUCAUCUUACUUCUCCAUAUGUGUUUUUGCUCCUGAUUCUCCACUUAAUCUAAUUAUUAUAUUGCAAGGCCUAUAUUGAAUUCCUGCAUUUAAGAGUAGAAUUGUGCUAAAAAUGGAUGGUGCAUUGCAGGUUGAUCCUUUAACCCCAGAUGUUGGUUUAAAGGGGCCCUUCAUUCAAUGUUAAAAAAGACACCUUGAUUCUGGACUCUGGUUUGACUUGUGUGUUCCUUAUUUGUUUGACUUCCUUACUAUUGUAUAUUCUCUUGUACCAUUGACUUUUCCAAUUUAUGAAUAUUGAUUGAUCUUUUGUAUGAAUUGGUCUUCAUUUUUAUGUGCAUGUUUUCUACUAUAAGUGUUUUUGACAGCAAGUACCUCAACUUGAUUGUGUAUGUUGAUUCAUCAAGGUUGUCUGAUAGCCAGGGUUUAAUGAGCUUUUUGCCACUUAAAAAGUGCCUUAUUCUAUAAUAUGGAUGAGCAGUAACCCUUAUUGGUUAGACCCAGUAACAACCCCAUUUUAUCUAGAGUAGAACUGCUGAUGCUACAUUGUCACUUAAUUACUUCAGAGGUUUGACUUUGAUGCACCGUUUUUGCAUGUUCUCUUCAGUGUGUUAUGUGUUGCCUUGUUUUUCUACUCUGUAAAGUGGAGUUGCCAUGUGAACUCAGUCUCAGGUUUUAAGUGGAAAUCUAAGCGAUCCCUGUGGGAAAUGGAAAUGCCUCCGUUGUGGAGGCUAAUGAAAAGUCAGCUAACUUCAUUUAUUGGUGGUCACGAGCUGAAUUGAAUUCCCACCCUCCCACAAAGUCUGGCUGUAGUUUACCUAAACCAAGUUCUGUAUGUCACGUCUGUUUUUAUAAUAAAUUUUAUCGACCUGUACUGUA